AUGAAUCUAAUUUUCAAAAGUAUAGAUAAUGAAAUAAACAAAUGUUAUAUUAAAUUGAAAGAAGAAGAAUUUAAAACAAAAACAAAAAUUAAUGUUUUGAUUUUUUGUUAUUUGUGUUUUUUUAUAUAUACUUGGUAUAUUAGUAUAAUAUGCUUAUUUCCAUUAAAAUUUAAUGAUUUAUUUUUUAUUUUCCAUUUUCUUUUUCAAGGUAUUGGUGCUAUAUUUCUAGGAUUUUUUUCUGACAUAUAUGGAAGAAAAAAAUGUCUAAAUAUUUCAUUUGCUAUUCUAUUUAUCAUACUUUUAAUAACCUUUAUUACAGUAAAUCCAUCUUUCUUUUUAUUUUACGAAAAUUCUAAAACUGUUUUUGUAAAUAAAGAUUUCUAUAAUCUAAAAAGUUAUACUAAACCCAAUAUAGAAAAUUAUCAAAAUAUUCAUAAAUAUUUAAAUAAUUAUAAUUCCUCAUUUCAAAAAGUAGAAGAAGAAGAAGAAGAAGAAGAAGAAGAAGAAGAAGAAGAAGAAGAAGAAAUAGAAAUAGAAAAAAAAAAAGACAUAAUUUAUGAAAAAGAAAAUUCUCAUAAAAUUUUUAGAAAAAAUAACACCAAUCAAUUAGAAAAUUUUAUUUUUAAUAACAAUGAUAAAUUAAGAAAAAAAACCUUAAGUAAAAAAAUAAUCUCAUAUAAUUAUAUUAACAUAAAUGAAAGCGAACCAGACAAGAUACAUAUUUCAAACAAUAAUUAUAAAAAGAGUGAUUUUUCCAAUAAUUCCAUUGAUAAUUUUAUAAAUAAAAAUGAUAAAAAUAAAUAUAAAGAUGUAAAUGAUGAUUAUAAUAAAAGUAAUCCUUAUAUUUAUGAUAUACAUAAAGAUAAUUUUAUUUAUAUCCUUUCUUCCAAUUAUGGCAAUUUAAAUAAACAUAUAAAAGAUUCUUUAUUUAACGAAAAAUAUUUAAGUCAUAAAAGUAAUAAUUAUAAUGUCAAAAAAAAAAAAGAUAAUACAUAUAAUAAAUUAAAUAACAAUUUAUACGAAAAUAAAAAAAAAAAAAAAAGGAUAAACAGUAAUUAUAGAAAAUUAUAUCAUGAUUUAGUAAUAACGAUUAACAAAAGUUUAAAAGAAAGAAAUGUUCAGAAUUUUGGUAAUAAAUUCUAUAAGCAUCUAAUUAAUGAAUGCAUAAAAGAACACCUAAAAAAUACUUUUAUCAGAUUACCAGACAAUAUAAUUGGCAUAAGUAAAAAGUUUAAUACAGCAAAUAACAACUUUAAUGAAAUUUCUAGUGUUUCAAGUAAUCUAAACCAAAAUUUAAUACAUAUAAUAAACAGUAAUUUUAGUAAUAUAAAAGAUGGUUGUGUAAAUGAAAUACUAUCGAUUACUGAUAAGCUAAGUAAAAUAAAUUAUACUAAUACAGGAGAAAUAAAAUUUCCUAUAAGUAACGAAAACAUUGAUUAUGGAAAAAAUAAUGAUACAAAUUAUAAAAAUAGAUUAAAUGAUAUAAAAAACGAUGAUUUUUUUUUAUUAAUAUCACAAAUAAUUUUUUAUGUUUUAACAUGUUUAAGUGGAUUUUUUGUUAAAGGAAUAAAUAAUGUUUUAUGUAUCAUAAUAACAGAAAACAUAAAACCCAAUUAUAAGACAAAGGCAGUAUGCCUUAUUUUUAUCAUUGAAAAUUUUUCUUUAAUUAUGAUUCGCCUAAUAUUUUUUUUCAACGGAAACAAAAAUAUAUAUAUUUCAUUUAAAUUUAAUUUAUUUUUUUUAGUCAUAUUAAAUAUAAUUAUAAUUGCUAUACUAAAUAUUUAUUUUGUGAAUUUUAAUACUAAUGUCUUAAAAAUUCAAAAGAAAAUUCUUAAAAAGUUAUAUCAAAAAAAUUAUCAAACUUCAUUAAGCUUUUUUAAUAAUAAUAAUGGAAAUACAAUAUACAAAGAAAUUUUAAACAAUGAAAUAAAUUCAAAUAAUAGUAAAAAAAAUUAUACUUCUUAUAAUCUUAAAUAUAAAAAUCAAUUUUUUAACAAUAAUUAUAGCGAAAAUUAUUUUAAUGUACAUAAUUUAAAUGGAUUAAAUAAAGAAAAUGAUGAAAAUGAAAAUUUUUUCAUAGAUAAGUUUGACGAAAAUGGCAAAUUUAAUAAUAUAGAAUAUAAUGUAAGUUUAAGUAAUAUAAUGGAAGAAGAAAAUUAUAACAAUGAUAACUUAUGUGUAAAUAAUAAUAUAAAUAGUUCAAAUGAAAGUAUUCAGAUAAAUCGUAAAAAAAAAAAUUAUAUCAAUGAGAUAAAUGAAAUUAACAAUAAUGGAAACUAUGAUAAUAUAUUAAAUAAUAAUAAUAUUAAAAAAAAAAUGGAUCAUCUUUUAAGUGAAAAGAUAAAUAUAAAUAAAGAAAUUUUAGAAUAUACAGAAAAUCUAAAAAAAAAUGAAAUAUUUAAAAUAUAUAUGAAAUGGAUUUAUUACUAUUUUGAUGCUCACAGAUAUUUAAUCUCAGCAUUAUGCACAUUAUUUUUUCUUUUUAAUUUCUUAUAUAUAAGUUUUUUUAUUAUAUACAAUAUAUUUAUUUAUGAUAUAAAAAAUAUAUCUAAUUUUCAUAAAUUGAAUAAUUCAUUUAUAAUUAUGAAUUCUGUAAUUUUAAUUUUUUAUUUUUAUUUAUAUUUUAAAUUAAAUCGUUUAAUAUUAAAAAUAUUAAAUUUAUUUGGAUAUUUAUUGAUUACAUUUAUAUCAUUUGGACUUAUUUUGUUUUUAUGUUCUACUUCUUAUUUUCAAUUUUCUUUAUAUGAUAAUACAUAUAUUAUAUAUAGUGUAAUAUUUUAUACAUUUUUGUUUAUACCUAAUGUAUCUUUAUUUUUGUUUUCUAUUAAUUCUUUUCACACAAUAUGUAAGGGAGGUUUAAUAGGCAUUUUUGUUUUUUUUGGCAAUUUAGGAUUUAUUGCAUAUGCAAUAAUUAAAGUUUUUAUAAUUCUUAAAUAUUUUACAUUAGUUAAUCUAACUUUUUCAUGUAUAAUUUGCAUAUUAUCUUCUAUAAUCAUGAUUUUGUUUAUUCCUCAAAUGAGUACAUCAGUUGAUUACAACAUAGUAGAUGAUGUUUAUUUUAAUCAUUUUUUAUCAUAUAUUUAUAAUAAAAAAAAUGUUUCUCCUCUCUUCAGAACUAUUUCUAUUUCUUAUGAAAUUCAUAAUAAUUAA